GCUGUUGCUCCAGUAGAGGUCGCUAUUCUCACUGUUUUUAUCAUAGCGCUCUUAGAGGAAGAAAGCGGCCGGACGGCUUCAACGCGAGAACCAGCCCAAACCUCCAAAACCACUUGAAUUUAUACAUUAGAUCAACAAAAUGACGACCGCACCUUAUAACUAUUCCUAUAUUUUCAAAUAUAUCAUUAUUGGCGACAUGGGGGUUGGAAAGUCGUGUUUACUCCACCAGUUUACAGAAAAGAAAUUUAUGGCUGACUGUCCUCAUACAAUUGGCGUUGAGUUUGGCACGCGGAUAAUUGAAGUUAGCGGGCAGAAGGUGAAGCUUCAGAUUUGGGACACGGCGGGGCAGGAGAGAUUCCGCGCGGUCACACGCAGCUACUACAGAGGAGCCGCCGGGGCCCUCAUGGUGUAUGACAUCACCAGGAGAAGCACAUACAACCACCUCAGCAGCUGGUUGACUGAUGCCAGGAAUCUCACCAAUCCCAAUACUGUGAUCAUUCUGAUUGGUAACAAGGCAGACCUUGAAGCCCAGCGAGAUGUCACGUAUGAAGAGGCCAAGCAGUUCGCGGAAGAAAACGGUUUGUUAUUCCUGGAGGCGAGCGCAAAAACAGGUGAGAAUGUGGAGGAUGCGUUCCUUGAAGCAGCGAAGAAGAUCUACCAGAAUAUUCAGGAUGGCAGUCUGGAUCUGAAUGCGGCCGAGUCGGGGGUCCAGCACAAGCCCACCGCUCCUCAGGGCGGGCGCCUCAGCAGUGAUGCACAGCCCCAAAAAGAGGGUUGCAGCUGUUAAUGACCAUGAAGACUUCAUUCGUUCUCUUUCUCUAUACCCACUCCCCUCCGCUCUCACAUCUGCCUCCUUCUGUAUCUAAAAGCCCCUCCCAUUCCUGUAUGAUUGGGGCCAGAUGGCUCUGAGUGAUGGACGUGUAACAUAAUUAAUUCCCUCCAUACUCCUGCUCUCAUCCUCCUUCCCAUCUCUUCUAUCUUCCCUUUCUCGUUUUGCUUAUUUGUCAUACGCACACAUCCCAGUGUGCCCAGAAAGCACUCGAGGGAGGACAGAUCCCCACCAAACACUAAUCCUGAAGAGAGAUGAUGAUUGUUGAUAAACUGAAGAAAUGCUGGGUUUAUCCUUUACAGACAUGAUGUGCAUAACCAUAAGCGAAACAUCUCGUGUACAGGAGAUGUCUGAAUGCUAGCGUAAUGUAAAUGAAAUGGAAAUAUUGGCAAACGUUAUUGGUGUCAGAAGUGAUCAGGAGGACUUGCAUCACCAUUGUAUGUAACAUUGUUUUGUUAAAAGAAUCUAAAACUGAAAUAAUGUAUUCUGUUUUAAAUUAGAGGUUUUGCAGUUUCACAUCAAAUCACCAAAUAUUUAUCCCUGUUUGUACCUAUUCAGGAAAUAUUAUACAUGUACUAUACAAGAUUAGUAUUGUUUUGAAAGAAAUUUCAAUGGAAGGUCCAUUGUAAAAAAUCUAUUUCUGUGGUCAGACGCAGUUGUUUUAACUUGGUAAUAGUUACUGUUGUCCUGAAGAAUGUUUUUCGCACUUUGCGUUUUCGAUUUGGUUUUCCGAGGGCCUUGAGCUUGUUUUUGUUACUGAGGUCUUAAGUCUGUCACGCUGCAAGGUUUAGAUCUUUGGUCUGUUCUCUAUAAAUAUUUCAACGUCACUUUUAAGAAACUGACCAGAGUAAUCUGUGCCUGUUUAGGGACAAGGUACCAAACGUUCGGGCCCAGUAAACCCUCGUCAUAUCAAUAUAUAGUCAUUGUUUUUACAUUGAUCAUUUCAGUUGCCUUAUGAUUUGCUUUUGUUGACUAUGUGCUGGCCGUUUUUAUUUAUAAUCCUCAAAUAGCUUUUAACAGAAGAAUUCCGUAAAUAACGUGUAAUAAAUUGCAAUAGUGAUUUUGCCUUUUCAAAAGCAUUCCAUUAAAUUUAUUUCCAAACACUGAUCACUUUAUGCUUCGAGCUGAGUUUAUUAACGGUUUGUUAAGCAUGAUGCAUGAUACACGAUACGACUGCUUUUAAGAGGCAUCAAGGUUUUCCUCAAUGUGAUGGGAGUUAUUAACGUCCCAAUAGUAGCAUAAGAAUAUACCACUGCAGCAUGAAAAACAUCAAUGUGGGGAAAUGUGGCCCAGAUCUAUUUAGUAGAUCACCUUAAAGGCAUAAUUCACCCUCUUCUCUCUGCAGAACACAAAAAAAAUUAUUGAAACUUUUAUGAUCACAAAGCCACUGGGACAUUUCUCAAAAUAUCUUAUUUUGUGUUUCCACAGAAGAAAGUCAAAUACAGAUUUACGACAUGAGGUUGAAUACAAUAGUUUAUGUUUGGGUGAACUGUCCCUUUAAGAAACAACAAAAAUGGGCUGAUGAUACAACCAGCAGUUGUUUAUUCAUAGAUGCAUAUGCGUUGAACAGGUUAAAGGCAAAAUGACACUCCAAAUAUAAUUUUCUAUUUGUGUAUUAUGGUAGAUUUUAGACGUGGUUUUGUAAACUAAAAAUCAAUUUUAUUUCGCUCCUACUGUCUUGCUUUUUCAUGUCUUAAUGACAUCUUUACACUGCAAAAAGUAAACGUUAACCUGCUCUUGAACUCAAGUAUGUCUUCUGUAAGUGAGAUUUGUUUGUAAUUAU